AUGUUGCCAGCCGUGGAAAUCUCCGAUCUAAAUGAUAACCCCUCCUCCAACCGCAUAUUUAUCAUCGGAGGCGGUAUAGUCGGCGCUUCCCUUGCUUACUUUCUCUCCAGAGAAGACAAUGACCGCCAAGUGAUUCUUGUCGAUAAAUAUCUUGAUAAACUAUCGGGAUCAACAGGUUAUGCACCAGGCUUUGUAGGCCAGUACAACGAGUCGCCUGUUCUCACCAGCCUUGCGAAAGAUACGGUAUCCGAGUACAUCAAAGUCCCUGAUGGAUUUCAGGUUGUCGGCGGGCUCGAGCUCUCGUCAACUUCCGAGGGUGUCGAGAAUCUGCAUCGUCGAAAAGAAGCCGCUCAGUCUUCAGGUCUCCCCGCUGAAAUAAUCUCACCGGAAGUCGCUGCGUCAUUGGCUCCGGAUUUCAUCGAUGCUGACAGUGUGAAAGCCGGGCUGCGUUUUUCGUCGGAUGGGACGGCAAAUGCUCGCCAGAUUGCCUCUUAUUAUAUUCGCGAGGCCCAGGCCAAAGGUGUUCAGCUUGUCGAAGCUGAAGUCACCGGUUUCGCAACUGAAGGUCAUCAAAUGACCACCAUCAAUUCCCGCAGUGGGGAUAUCACAUUGAAUGGCAGUAUUGUCAUCCUCGCCACGGGUAUAUGGACUUCCCCUUUAACCAAUGAUAUCAUUCAAUUUCCAGUGCCUAUCAUUCCAGUUGCACACCCUUAUACAUUUACCCCUUCCCGACCUGCUCGAUCUGGAACACCGUAUCCAUUUAUCCGCUGGCUAGACCACCACGUCUACGCCAGAGAUCACGGCGAUCGUGAUGGCUUAGGAAGCUAUGAUCACCCACCAAUGCAGGCAGAUCCAACACAGUCAGCAAUGGGACUAUGGCCUCCCAGUUUUGAGCACGUUCUUUCAGAGGCUACUUCGCAUUUGAAAAACCGCGACCAAUUUUUGGUCAAAGGGCCUAGCGACGAUCCGGACGAGAAGCGCCCCUUCAAUGGAAUUUUUGCAGUUACUCCAGAUAAUCUCCCUCUCGCAGGAAGAGUCCCCGGUGUAUCCAACAUGUGGCUUUGUGCUGCAAUUUGGGUUACCACUGCUGCUGGGACGGCAAAGCUGAUCUCGAGACAGAUCCUCGGGGGAGAUGAACAAAGGAGUUCUGGGGAUGAGGCUUUGCUGAAGGCCUUGGACCCUGCUCGCUUUCAGGAUAUUGAAGAGGAUGUUCUUGUGAAGCAAGCGCUGGCCAAGUACAAUGAUAUUUAUAAUAGAGAUCCAAACUGA